GCGCCCCUCGCUCAGAGCUGGGGACUUUUCUAUCCAGCCUCACGCCCUCACCAUGCUGUUCUGGCACAGCCAGCCCGAGCACUACUGGCCGGGGCCAGGGGAGAUGUACCCCUGCUCCGGCGGCAAUCUGCUCAGGGAGUCCCUGGCGCUGCCCUUCCUGAAGCAGGAGGAGCAGAACAACAUCUCUACGUCGGCCGAGCUGCACUGCCCGGCCUUCCAGUACGUGCUCUGCACCCCCACCUCGCCCGCCAUCAAACAGCACGAGGAGACCCUCACCUACCUCAACCAAGGCCAGUCCUACGAGAUCCGGAUGCUGUGCAACCCCAAGCUGGGCGACUUCUCCGAGUGCCGGAAGCUGCUGAAGAGCGUGGCCAGGGUGGUGUUUCACGACCGGCGCCUGCAGUACACGGAGCACCAGCAGCUGGAGGGAUGGAGGUGGAACCGCCCCGGCGACCGCAUCCUGGACAUCGACAUCCCCCUGUCUGUCGGGGUGCUGGAGCCGCAUAUCCACCCCACCCUGCUGAACACGGUGGAGUUCCUCUGGGACCCUACCAAGAGGACGUCCGUCUUCAUGCAGGUUCACUGCAUCAGCACCGAGUUCACGCUGCGCAAGAACGGGGGUGAGAAGGGCGUCCCCUUCCGCAUCCAGAUCGACACCUACAAGGCCAACGAGAAGGGCGAGCAUGUGGAUCACCUGCAUUCGGCCAGCUGCCUCGUCAAAGUGUUCAAGCCCAAGGGAGCAGACAGGAAACAAAAAACUGACCGGGAGAAAAUCGAGAAACAGUCACCGCAGGAGCGAGAAAAAUACCAGCCUUCCUAUGAGAGCACAGUGCUGGCAGAGUGCGGCCCCUGGCCAGAAGCCUCCAGCAGCCCCAACAGUCCCCCAGCCACCCCCGGGCUCCCUUCGCCUCACUCCUUCAAGCUGCUGCCCCCCGAAAGGGGUUGUUCCUCACCCAGCUGCCCCUCAGACAGCCCAGCAGAGAACACGGCCGAGGCUCUCAGUCCCUGUGCCUCCAUCCUGGAAACCCAGCAGUGGCUACACAAGAAUCGCUUCUCCGGUUACUGCAGGAUGUUGGCUAAUUUCACAGGAGCCGACCUGCUGAAGCUUUCCCGCAGUGACCUCAUCCAGAUCUGUGGAGCGGCUGAUGGGAUCCGGCUCUCCAAUGCGCUGAAAGCCAGGUGCGUCCGCCCUCGGCUCACCCUGUACAUGUCCAGGGAGCCCCAAGCCAAUGGCAGAGAGAGCCCCGAGGACUCGCCCCCAGCCACAUACCAAGAGGUCUAUCUGGAAGAACUCACUGCCACAGAACUGACCAAUAAACUGGCAGAGCUGCUCAGCCUCCCGGCCAACCAGAUCCAGCAGGUUUCCAAGCAGGGCCCGACGGGGAUUCACAUCCUCCUCAGUGACCUGAUGGUCAGGAACCUGCCAGAUGAAUCCUGUUUCGUAGCAGCUGUUACCAAAGUGCAGGCUCCAGAAGGCUACCACUUAAUUUUAAGAUAGGCGCAGAGCGACCUAGGACAGUUCAGUGCCGAGAAGCGCAAUGAGAGAAGCGAUGCCAAAUCACUGUCUGGACCCAAGGGAGAUUUCCCCACAAAGCAGCUGGUGAAGAAGCCAACAGGAGGAUUUCCCAGCGAGGCAGUCCCCUCC